UGUCAGUGUUACCUGAUCACGAGAGGAGAAGGAAGAGGAGGGACAGCCCCCCUUUUGCAAACGCCUCUCGCUUCUUUUGCACAGAGAGUGUAGGAGCACCUGGAGGAGACCUCGGUGUUCCUCAACCAGACGACAGGAAGAGACAGCAGAGAGAGACCAGGCUCACACAGGGCUGACCAGCGAGUCAGGGGGCUCUACGCCUCAGGGCUCUGGCCCUGUGUUGCAGACUCGUCUCACAUCUGCCUCAGAACCAGUGGAGGAGCACCUGAAGGAGACCUCGGUGUUCCAAGGAUAGAGACCCACCACUGACAGUCAUCAUGUCACACAGGGAGCAGGCGGCCCCCAGAGGGAGGGAGCCAGCAUGCCUGCUGUGUCGGCAAUCAGAUGCUGACUCGGACAUCUGCGGAGAAAAACUCUUCAUACAUGGGUUCUGUGCCCACGAGAACUGCCUGUAUUUUGCCAACAACUUUCCUGACCGCCCGAUUCAUCGAAGAGGACUCUGGUGUCUUCACUCAUGGGAGAUCCGAGAUGUAGUCUCCCAGGCAGCAGAGCAGAGCUGCAGCAUCUGUGGCCAAAUCGGGGCCACCAUUUACUGCUGUAGAAGACACUGUGAUGUGAGCUUCCACCUGCCCUGUGCCAGGCAGGGAGGCUGUGUCACCCAGUUCUGCAGACCAUUCAGGGCCUACUGCGCUGCACACAGGCCAGAGCAGGCAGUGGAGGCGACUCCAGAGCCGGGCACCGAAUGCCUCAUCUGCAUGGAGCCUGUGGAGGACAGAAAGACCUUCAACACCAUGGUGUGCCCAGCCUGCAAAAGUGCCUGGUUCCACAGGGACUGCAUCCAAGUAGGAGUGGUUCUGUCACCUGGGGGCACAGCAGGGGCUCAGCAGCACCAGGGCCUCACUCUGGCUGUUGUGUUUCUCCUGCAGGGACAGGCUCUGCAUGCUGGUUAUUCCUCCUUCCAGUGCCCCCUCUGCAGAAAUGAUGACGCAUUUCGCAAGGAUCUGCUCACCAUGGGGAUCCGAAUCCCCCUCAGACCACCAACAUGGGAGGGCUUUAAUGCAUUUGAUGAGCUGGGAGACAGACACAGGCGCUGUGAUGCCAGUGAGUGCCUUUUUCCAGGAGGCAGGCAGGAGGCAGAGGGACAGGGGCCCUGGGAACUGCUCCUGUGCUCCUCCUGUGCUGCCGAGGGCACCCACAGACACUGCUCUGGCCUGAGGAGCAGUAUAACCAGCUGGGAAUGUGAUGGCUGUGCUGGCCUGGGCACAUCCUCCCGAGUUGACUCCCGGCUUCCUGGUGUCAGCAUGGCCAGGCAGUCAGGACUGGAGCCUUGUGAUGGCUCCAGGGAACCCCAGACCACCAGCACCAACGCAGGCAUCCUCGUGCUACCAGGGCUGUCUCCCAGUUCUGCACCACUGGAGACCAUCAGCCCCAGCACCAGCGCCCAGGUGCCAGCCCCUGGAUCUUCAGCACCACAGACCAGCCACCGCCGUACCAACCGACAGACAACAUGGGAGCAGCCUCUGCAAACUCCCUCACAGGAGACGAGCAGCUCCAGCCCUGAGAGUCAAGUAACAUCGGGGUCAUCCCAGAGCACCUUCACAGAAACCGAGGACAGCAGCAGCUCCAGCAGUCGGGGGCCUGACCGCCGGCAAAACCACCCCCGCCAGCAACAUCGGGCCCAAAAUCCACACUUUCGGUCCAGAAGUCCCCUGGACAGGACCCAUGAGCCAUCACCAAGUCCUGGGAGGCGCAGGCCCAGGCAGAGACCAUCGGGGACAUCCCGCAGGCGAAACCGCUCCCGCCUGCAACGUGAGACCCCAAAUCCAUCCGGCCGGUCCAGAAGUCGCCACGACAGGAGCCAGGGGAGAGCACCCAGUGCUGGGAGGAGCAGCCGCAGCCGGGAGACAUCAAGGACAUCCCGAACACAAAAUCACUCCCGCCAACAACAUCAGACCCCAAAUGCAUCCGGCCGGUCCAGAAGUCGCCGUGUCAGAAACUGUGUGAGAGCACCAAGUGCUGGGAGCCGCAUCCCCAGCCAGGAAGCAUCAGGGACAUCCCGCAGGCGAAACCGCUCCCGCCGGCAACGUCAGACCCCAAAUCCAUCCGGCCGGUCCAGAAGUCCCCUUGACAGGAACCGCACGCCAGCACCGAGUGCUGGGAGGCGAAACUCAAGGGAGACAGCAGCCAGGACUUCCCAAAGACAACAGCACUCCCGCCAGCAGCGUCGGACGCCAAACUCAUACAGCAGAUCCAGAAGUCCCCACGACAGGAGCCGUGUUAGAGCACCCAGUACUGCCAGGCGCACUCACCGGUGGGACGGUGAGACACGGACCCACCACUGACACGUCCCACGUCAGACAGGGAGGAGGAGGCCCGGAAGGGAGAGAGCCAGCAUGACUGCUCUGUCAACAAUCAGAGGCUGACCCGGACAUCUGUGGGGAGAAAAUGCAGAAACAUGGGAUCUGUUUCCACGUGUUCUGCCUGUUUUUUGCCAGCCACCUUCCUCUGCACAAUGAUGAUCAAGUACAACUCCAGGGCUUUCUCCCAAGGGAUAUCCUACAUGCAGUCAACCGAGCUGCACAGAAGACCACCAACAUGGGAGGGCUUUAAUGCAUUUGCCCAGCUAGGAGACAGACACAGGCACUGCGAUGCCAGCGAGUGCC